CUCGUGUUCACCAUCACCAGUACAGUAUUGUCGACUGUUGUCGACUCGGUGUUUUAGUGUUGCUUAUUCAGGCCCAUAAAUCUAAAAAAACAAUUGUUUGUCAAUUCGCAACCCCUUUGCAAGUCCCAUAACAAGCAAUAAAAAGUAAUUUUAUUAUCCUCGCACUCUCAUCCCUAAAAAGUUUGGAUUUUUCCUCAUAAAAUUCCCCAAAAACAUCGCGAGUUUUCCCAAAAAAAUCCAGUGCCUAAUUUUGUGCAUACAACGGUGGGGAAAAUAAACGUCUGAUGACGCCUGAUGCUACCCCCAUCACCUCUCGGGCCCAGUCUACGAAAUGACCCCCCACUAAUAAACCCCCUGCUCAUUGUCUCACAACCCCCGAUGAAGCGACGAAGGCCUCCAAACUGCCAUGCGUUCACCAGUGUCCCCUUGUCCUCUCUACCGCUCCAUCGUCCAAGAAUUCCACCAUCACCUGGGCACCACUAGGCCCAAUACCGAUAAAUGUACACACGUCUGAUGCCCGAGGAGAUGGCAGCGACAGCUAAGCACGAGGUGCGUCCAAAAUUUCCCGGUGAUCCUGGUGAAGAGGACAUAGCAGCAAUAGCCAAACAAAUAAGCGAUCAUGCUGAGGCUAUCUACCAGACCUGGAAGAGUCGUGGUUUAGCCCCAACUGAGAUAUUGAAUUGUCAUAGUAAUGCAACAGCAGCUGAUAAAUUUGGUAGUGCAUUAACCCCAAAUAUAUCGCAAAAAAGUAAAAAAUUUGUGGAGCCACUGGAGGCUAUUCUCACCCCAGACCGACCGGGAAAUUCUCGUUUGGCAUCUCAAGAUGGGGAAACUAGUCUCGAAAAACUUGUGAAUAAUUUUGUGGUGGAGGACAGGGCGAGACAACGUUCAUAUCUGUCUAAAACCCUUCCCUCAUCCAUUCAAUUUGCCCUCGAUAAAUUCGAGAAGAAUUCUCAGGCAAUUCAGAAGCCUCAGAUUCAGGUGAAGCCGAAAAUUGUGCCGAAGCCUUUGAUACUCACCUCAACAACUUCUGAGACUAUUGAGACUAUACUCCCUGGGGAGCCGAUGAAACGUCCUCUCAGCGUUUUAUUGGGAUCACCAGGGGCCAAAGUCCAAGGGAAUGAGAAUCUGGCCAAUAGCCAGGGCUCUGGCAUGACCACGUGGCCACUAAAGAACAAAUUAUUCAGUGAAUCGACGUCCACGGGCUGCGUCGCAAGCAAAUCCAAUCAAUUGGCCACAGCUUAUCUUGACGAAGUCGCUAGGGAAGAGGAGAGGCUAAUUAAUGCAUUAAAAACGGGGGCUAUUAUCAGUGAGGAUACUGGAAUCAGGCAAAAGCCUGCUAUUAUCAAGGAGAAACCCAAAUUGACAGCCAAUGGAAUUGUCGCUGAGCAGGGAAUUCAUUUUCUCCAGCAGAAGCAGAAAAUUGAAGAGAGGAAGAAUCCAAAAGUCCUGACAAAUGGACAGGAUAGUAAGGAGGAGGGACAGGUGACGAGAUGGGGGCCCAGGAUCACUUCACCACGGCCUAGGGCAGAGCAGGUGCCCCAUCCUGAACUGACGAGCCAGCAGAAACAGCACAUCAGGGCUGCAGCUGCGGCUGCUGCAGCUAGCGAUCCCCAGGGAAUUGUCAAUCCUGUUCGGCCAUUUCUCACGAGGGGGUCAGUCGCCGAGAGGGUUCUCAUAUUCGAGAAAUGCCCCAGUGAACUCCUUCUCGAUAAGAGGGGGCCGAGGCUUAAUGUCGCCGGAGGAAGGAGUCCUGGGGGAUGUGAAGGGGUGAAAACUCAGUCGUACGUCAGAGAGCGAAUUCAACAGCAGCAAUCAAAAGCCCUACCUCCCCACACAACUCUUCAACGUCAUGUUAAAGCUAAUAAGAACGUUCGUAUUCCAAGAUUUUACUUUCCGGGUGGUAAACCAACGCCAUUGUCGCAGAUUGAAGCGACAAUCGCCAAGAUCACAGAGGCAUUUGAGAGUUUGCCAGGUAAUCGUGCAACACGAGGACAAUUUCACAUUAUUUCAAAGGCAUGCGAUUUGCCAAUAUACUGGAAAGUACCUCUGUUCCUUGCUGCUGGGGGGGACAAGAGUACCAGCAUUGAGAUGCUGAAUUUUUUGAAUUUCUGGAGGGACGUGUGCAAGACACAUCAUGACACUGCCAGUAAAUUCGUGAGAAUUAUCACUAGGGGUAUGAGGGAGUGCAUCUUGCCCGAGGAUUUGGUUUGUCUCAUUCAAGAUGUCGUCGAAACACAUCCGGGACUGACAUUCCUCAAAGAGGCCACAGAAUUUCACUCGCGUUAUGUUCAUACGGUGAUUGCCCGAAUUUUCUACUGCGUAAAUCGCAGUUGGAGUGGAAAAAUUAGUCCCUCCGAGGUGCGGAAAAGUAACUUACUCGAGACAAUAGCCAUUCUUGAACACGAGGAGGAUAUAAAUCAAGUGACUUGUUACUUCAGUUACGAGCACUUUUACGUAAUUUAUUGUAAAUUUUGGGAGCUCGAUCGAGACCACGAUCUUCUCAUUGAUAAAAUGGAUCUAACGAGGCAUAAUGAUCACGCAUUGUCGACAAGACUUAUCGAAAGAAUAUUCAGUGGUGCUGUGACACGUGGUGGUAAGGGACGUCAGGCUGAUGAUAAGAUGACGUACACAGAAUUUGUCUGGUUUUUACUCAGCGAGGAGGACAAAAAUUAUCCAACAGCUGUUGAGUACUGGUUCAGAUGUAUGGAUCUCGAUGGUGAUGGAUAUUUGUCCAUGUAUGAACUUGAAUACUUUUAUGAGGAACAGCUGCACAGAAUGGAGGCCAUUGGAAUGGAAACUCUACCAUUUGAGGACUGUUUGUGUCAAAUGCUGGAUAUGAUUCAUCCGGAGAUACCUGGAAAAAUAUCGCUGAGGGAUCUCAAAAGAUGCAAGAUGACAUCAAUUUUCUUUGAUACUUUUUUCAAUCUUGAGAAAUAUCUCGAUCAUGAGCAGAGGGAUCCUUUUGCAUCGACUAGUCGAGAUCAGGAUGCUGAGGGGCACGAGAUGUCAGAUUGGGACAGAUUUGCUGCUGAUGAGUAUGAACUUUUGGUGGCGGAAGAGAGCGGAAACGACCAAAAUGAUCAAAUGCUGUAUGACCCAGGAAUGGAGGAAGACGCCUUUUCACCCAAUUUGGAUAGUAUUACCUCUGACCCUAAUGGGCCCAGCAAACCACGUGAUUGUUAUGGGAGGGAUUACAAGUGUGGUGAGUCCAAAGGACAAAGUUACGAUAGUGGUGACAGCGAUGAUUACGCAGAGAGUGACAACUGAAAACGUGGGAUUAUAAUGUUUCACAAAAAAAAUUCUCUGCAUCAUUUUUGGAAGUAUAAAUGUCCACGAGUGCCAUCUUACUGUUUAUUUCCAGAAGCAAAAAACAUUGUUUUUUCAUUUCUCAAAGUGUAAAUAUCGUUUUUGCCAGAAUUGAGAGGCCCAGUGGCCACAUUAUUGUAUUGGUAGUCAUUUUUUUUACGUUUUAUCAGUUAUUUUGCAGGAUUUUAUUAAUUUUUUUACACUAAAACAUUUGAGAGGUUUCGAUUAUAUCUUACUGUUAUGAGAAUUAUUUGAGUUUUUUUUAGAUCAGAGUUUAAGUGUCAUUACGAUUCUAGUCUGGCACAGUGUGUGUGCUAUAUUAUAAAGUGAAUAUAUCUUUCGUAAUAAAUGAAGUAAUAUUAAUGGGUAUCAAAGAGGAACAGAUGUCUGGUGUUGGGGAGGAGCGGAUAUGGCGAUUAGAAAGGACAAUUUGUUAUUUCUGUUGAAGUUUUAAUAUUUGCAAAUAUACUGACAGUGAUUUUUUGGAAAAUUCAAUUAUGUAGUGAAAUGGUAACGAAGUAAAUUAGCUUAUCACCAGACGUGCUGUUGGAUAAUACUCUCAAAAUCUAGAGAAGCAGUGGAAAAAUUAUCGUACCGACUUUUUU